AGUUUCUCUUAUGCACACGUAGACUAAACCAGUACAUCAGUCCGAAAUCACACGUCAACUGAUCACAAGCCUCUAGGAUCUCUUUCGGUCCGACUCUUUUUCUUUUUCUUUAUUAAUAAUAACAACAAAAUAACAGCAAAAAUGGUGGCCAAACAGAGGAUUCGCAUGGCAAACGAGAAACACAGCAAGAACAUCACCCAGAGAGGCAAUGUGGCCAAAUCUACGAGAGUGACUCAAGAAGACAAGGCAGUGGUUGGACCGUGGCUUCUUGCCUUGUUCAUCUUUGUAGUAUGUGGAUCAGCAAUAUUCCAGAUCAUUCAGAGCAUCAGGAUGGGAAUGUAAAAUGAACGGUCAUCAGUGUUGUACAUCAGUUCGUUCUUUUUUUUGUCCCGGCUUGCCUGAAGAUCGCUUGAUCAUUCUUCUUUUCUUAUUUAAUCUCUAUAUGUCUUUUUCACCACCACACCACCGUCUCUUGUGCCUUACUCAAAAGCCGGAGGAGCAUUAUCUUCUGAAACAUUCCGAUAUGGGACUUCCGUCAACAUUGCUGCUGAAUUCCGAGGUCCGAGGCAAUAAACUUAAGACUACAAAUGACUGUUUGAACUUUUUCUGUGGAAAAAACACACGUGUUUGUUUAAAAGAAAUGCUGCAUUGAAUUUUCUAUGUUGUAGGUUUUGGACCAGUUCAUGUUAAUUGUUAGCAUUAUUUGGUACUAUGCACCUUUAUUGGAUUUUCCUCUACAUUUACAGCUAAAUGUGUGUUCUUUGACAGUUCGCUCAAAGAAAUGAAGGUCCACAUGUUUAGCUGUAUAUGUAGAGAACAUGAAAAAUAAUUAAAAAAAUACUUUUACAUCUAAAA